AUGACCGCCACCAAGCUAAAUGCCCUCCCCCACGGUGUCUACGUCCCCACCGUAGCAUUCUUCAAGCCCGACGAAGAAGUCGACCUCGCAACGGUCGAGAAGCACGCCGUCUAUCUCGCCCGCAGCGGGGUAACCGGCCUAGUAACCCAAGGCAGCAAUGGCGAAGCCAUCCAUCUAGACCGUGAAGAGCGCAAGGCCAUCACAGCCGCCACUCGCGGCGCCCUCAACGCAGCCGGCUACAGCAGCAUGCCAGUGAUCGCCGGCGCCGGCGCCGCCUCAACCCGCGAAACCAUCCGCUUAUGCCAGGACUCCGGUGCAGCAGGCGCCGACGCGGUCCUGGUCCUCCCACCCAGCUACUACAAGACACUCGUGAGCACCGAGUCCAUGCACGCGCACUUCCGCGCCGUGGCCGAUGCCUCGCCGGUCCCUGUGCUCAUCUACAACUUCCCCGCCGUGCAGUCCGGCCUCGAUCUCAGCUCCGACGAUAUCCUGACGCUCGCAGAACACCCCAACAUCAUCGGGUGCAAGUUCACGUGCGGCAACACGGGCAAGCUGGCUCGUGUUGCGGCGGCCAAGCCUGAUUUCUUGACUUUUGGUGGCUCGGCCGAUUUCACGCUGCAGACGCUGAUUGCCGGUGGGGCGGGGAUUAUUGGUGGCAUUGCUAAUCUGAUUCCUCGCUCGUGUGUGCGUGUGAUGGAGUUGUAUUGUGCUGGGAAGGUUCAGGAGGCGCAGAAGGUGCAGGCGGUUGUUGCGCGUGCCGACUGGACUGCUAUCCAAGGGGGCUUUAUCGCGGUUAAGACUGGUCUGCAAUGUUACCGUGGGUAUGGUGGUCUUCCUCGACGACCUUGUGUCGUGCCUGAUGCGAAGGCUGUGGCGGCCAUUCAGGAGGAGUUCCGGGAAGCCAUGGAGUUGGAGAAGUCGUUGGAGACAGUAUAG